AUGACGUUGCACCGGUCGGUAAACGGAAGUGAGGGAAGAAGGAAGGAGACAAGUGACCUAAACAUGGCGUACCCGCUGGGUAGCAGAAGUGGCGAUGCAAUGUUAUCUUUAGCGUGGCGAUCUAAUCAUAAAAUCUUGAUGUGCUAUUUCGUUUUGGCAUUACAUCUUACGUUGCAACCAGUUUCUGCCAAAAGCGACAGCCUAAAGGAAGUCACUGAUGGAAAUUGGCAGGACAUCUUGGAAGGAGAGUGGAUGAUAGAAUUCUUUGCACCAUGGUGCCCGGCAUGCCAACAGCUUCAGCCGGUAUGGACUGAGUUUGCUGACUGGGGGGAGGACAUGGGGGUCAACAUAGCCAAGGUGGACGUCACAGAACAACCUGGUUUGAGCGGGCGAUUCAUCAUAACUUCACUUCCGACCAUUUACCACUGCAAGGAUGGGGUUUUCCGUAGGUACCAGGGAGCUCGUACUAAAGAUGACUUUCUGAGCUUCAUAGAUGAAAAGAGGUGGCAGGCGAUUGAGCCCGUCUCUUCCUGGUUUGGUCCAUCUUCCUUUUUAAUGAACACAAUGUCUGCUCUCUUCAAGCUGUCCAUGUUUAUCCGGCGUUGUCAUAACUACCUGACAGAGCAGUUGGGGAUUCCCGUUUGGGGCUCUUAUGUCAUCUUUGGUCUGGCCACUCUUUUCUCUGGUCUGGUGUUGGGACUGAUACUGGUGUUCAUUGCUGACUACGUCUUCCCAUCGCGUAGGUUUUCCUCCUCGGACUAUUACCAGAAGAAACAGUCUAUGGAACAAGCCCGGCUGAUCCAGCAACUAGAGGAUGAACAAGAGGCCGACGGGGAGGAAGACGACGAAGAGGAGGAUGAGGAGGAGGACGGUGAACAGGAGGAGGUCUGGAGGAGGAGGAGGAGAGGAUCGCCCGAGGGCCGCCCAGAGCCACGUGGACAGGCCCUCCCUGACCAAGCCCUGAGGAAGAGGGUGGUGGCCAACCGGGAGGAGCAGGAGGACGAGGACAUCUAGAGGCUGAGGCAGGAGCUGCAGACGCCUCCCCCACCCGAGUCCCAAGGGAGCAGCAGCGGGGGGUCGGUGGAGGAGCGCGGUCCUGAGUCGCAGUAGUGUUUACAGAAGGAAGCCCACAAAGCCUCAAGGAGGCGGGGUCUGGCAACCACUUCCUGCUUCCUCCCCCGUCCCUCGGCUGCCCUGGGUGACGUCUAGACUCUCUCACGACUGCUCUCACCAGCAGCUACCUCCCCGCGGAGGAGCAACUCUCCCAACACCUGCUCUACAUGUCUGAAACCAGUCCAAGGAGUGAGGUUUAAGUAUGAAGUGCAGUAGAUCUGAUAUUUUUCUGGGGCAGUUUUGUUCAUGCUAUGCAUCUUUUUAUUGUUAUUUUUACGUUUGUCCCUCUUAACAAAUUAUAUAUUGCUUGUGUUUUGCCCUUAAUUGUAAGAUGUUUUAUAUCUAAUAUAAUAUGUUGUUUUCCACUGCCUGUACCUCAGAAAUCCCAGUUCAUCUUUUCAUCCUCUUAAAGUCUUCCCAGGCAUUUAAUGUUAUAAUUUCAGUUAGUUCACCGCAACACGGAUCAUCUGUGUGUGUCUUUACUCGUGAGAAAUAACAAUGGUGGCAACUUUUUGCUGUGUAAGGGUUUGGUACAGAGCUGGCACCCUACACAGGUAUCCAUUGAUGAGCAAAGACACCAAAAUGUCGACUUUAUUUUAGCGUGCAGUGGCCCUCGUUCCUCUGUAAGACUGACCCACAACAACGAUGGAGAGGUUGUGUGCUGCCUGAGCUUACUCCAGUGUCAGGAUUGUGGUGCUACCUGUGUGCUUAUUCUAAAAUAUGGAUGAUUAAAUAUCAGUUUUGUGCUGUAAAUAUGA